AGUUACCCACUUUUGUCAGGCUCACGAACCAGAGCGACGCAUGGCUGAACGAUCGCGACGGCCUGCGGGGCUCAACAUGCUUCCAUACAACGUGGUAUUCCCCUGAACCCGAAUAUGGGCCUUUGGAUCAAGACCGAGCGCUUUGCUGAUAGCCGGAGGUUGGUUCCGCAUCGACACAUCCCUUUGCCGUUUCUCCUGUCCAUCAGCGAAAGAGUAGAUGCCUCCGUCCACUUUUAGCCGCUUGACAAAUGUAUUUGUACGCGAGAACUGACAACACAUCGCAUCAAAUGCAUGGUACGAAGAUGGGAGAGCAUGGAAGGAUGGCUGGUCAGUGUCCCAGAACAACCAAACAUGAUGGAAUAUGGGCAUGGAUCGUUGAACAAGCACAGGGUAAUUGAAUCGCUUCACGAAUUGCAUGAGAUCUCUCUCUACUGUUACUCCACAUUUCUGUCCAUUGUUACCUCACAUUUCUACACACUCUCCCUCCCAGGCCCGCUUCCUUCUCCGCUUCAUCACUUACUCCUCGCGACGGUUUUCCUUCCCACACCCCUCGACUUUACCUUAACAUCCCUCAACACAACCAUUGCAUACUCCCUACUUACCUUUCUCUCCCAUCCAUAUUCCUUAUCCUUGCUCUUCCGCUACUUUCGCGACGUUCAACAGACUCAGCCAGCACCAAUCCAAUCCCCCCUCCCCAAUCUCCCGCAUCUCCCCACUAAUCAAUCCAGUCCCAUCCUUCCCCCCAUUCCUGUUCCCUCCCUGGGAUCUAUCCAUCAUUCAAACCCCCUCGCCAACUCACCACCGCGCCAACCCGCGCAAGCUCUAGCUCUCUCGCUCUACGCACAACACCUCGCGAUUCCGGCCUGGCCGGCUGUGUGCACUACUUCACUCCGCUCCACUUCGCUUCAAGAAACUAACCAACUAACCAACCAACCAACCAACCAGCCAGCCAGCCAACUACCUCGCCCUAAUAGCCAACCCAUCUAUCCGCCCACUCACCCGCAAACGUGUACGCUUCGAUAUUGCCUACGCAUGAAGAAUAGCAAGGCCGUUCCGUUCCGUUCGUUCCACAUGGGCAUAUCUGGGAAUAAUGUAGAAGAAGGAAGAGAAGAGAAGAGAAGCGAGCGAGCGGGUGAGGGAUUUCUGUGGGAAGGGGGAGGAGCGGGUGUUUGUGAUUAGAUGGUCUGUGUGGGGAUAUAGAGUGGUGUGGUGUGGGUGUUGGGGGUGUUGGAUAGGGAAGGGAUGGAUGGCUUAUGGGAUU